UUGAGUGAAGUGUCACAACAGUGAACCUGGGACCUGUUAUCUGUCGGUUCCACGGAAUCAAACCUGGUUCAUCACACACCCACACACCCACUAACACACACACACACACACAGCGGACCGUGCUUACUAUAGCGGGUCAGGAUGAGACGAGCCAAUCUGGGUGAAGGAGGCCCCGGGUCUUAUGUGGCCAGCGGGUACAGUGUUCACGAAGAGGAGAACGAACACCUGCAGGAGGGACUGAGAGCCAAAGUCACCGCGCUGAAGAGUCUGACUAUCGACAUCGGAACGGAAGUCAAAUACCAGAAUAAAAUGCUGGACGAGAUGGACUCAGACUUUGACUCGACCGGCGGCCUGCUCGGUGCCACCAUAGGUAGAGUGAAGCGGCUGUCCAGAGGCAGUCAGACCAAGCUGCUGUGCUACAUGCUGCUCUUCUGCUGCUUCGUUUUCUUCGUCCUGUACUGUUUCAUCAAGCUGAGGUGAUCGGAGGAACCUCCUAGAGUCAGCCCUUUUGUACCUUCACAUCUCACUCCUCCCACAGUCGCUCCUGCGUCUCAAAACCAGACCAGGGUGAUGAUGAUGACGACGACAGGCAGGGGUUUACAAAUAAAGUGUUCAGCUUAACAGGGGGCCAGUGUCUGUGAGCAUUUCAUACAAAGACCCCAGAAUAGAGUCAAGAAAGGACAGAUGCUAUUUAAUGUCUUAAACAGUAAAACUAGUUUAGGAAGGUGAAACAGUCUGAGGUGAUUAAUGAUCACAUGUGUCACGUAUACCCUAAGUGGAUGAUACCAGUAUUUGUGUGUCCUAACAGCCCAAUUUACCCAAAGUGAGAAGAUGAGAAAACAUGAAACCUAAUAUAACUGGAGAAGAUACUGCGUCAGAAACCUUACAGCAACAGAUCUGUGGAAUUCAUUUUUCCACCACAACCUUUGCUGGGUCACUAAUAAUAACUAUUGUUCAUGAAAGUGCUAACGUUGUAGAAUGUUAAAAUAAACUGGUGUAUUUUUGAUUCAAGUCAAACAAUAAGCAACAAUGUCCUUCAUUACUGUUCUAAUGCUGUUGUAAAAAUAGUUUUUUUAAUGUAAAUAAAGACGUUUUAUGCAAUG